UUAGGGUAAUUAAAAUAAUCUAAUUUUGUUGACCAUCAUUAAAAUAAUAUAGUUUAAAACUUCGAACUUCUUCAUAAAUACUUGUUUAUCACCCGAACGUGAGUUCGCCUCCCUGCUCUGCUUGUCUGCUCGCUCCGGGGAACAAGGUCCAUCCACAAGCUUUAAAUUGGCACAAAAUGGGUCGUGGGAUUAGCAAUGGUGGUGGCCAGAGUUCUCUGGGAUAUCUCUUCGGAAGCGGGGAGGUUGCCAAAGCCGGCAAUACCCGAAAUGCUCCUGCUCAAAGUCAGCCUGCAAACGGAGGGCAAUCUCAAAAUGCAAGCGUUGCGCCACAACCAAUUGACAAGGAAAUUCCGGCUGGAAUUCAUGGGAAUCUGACAAACAAUUACCAUCGUGCUGAUGGGCAAAACUGUGGAAAUUUCAUCACUGAUCGACCAUCUACCAAGGUUCAUGCUGCCCCUGGAGGUGGCUCUUCUUUGGGCUACCUCUUUGGUGGGCCUGGGAACUAAUCUUUCGUGUUUAGAAUGCUUUUCAGUAGCACAUGUUGUGCGCAAAAUGUUAACUACUAUAGUAUGUCUAGAACCAUGUUCUUGUUCGCUGAGAAAUUGGAUUCAAUGCCUUGACAUUGGUAUGACUAAUGAUUCCUCAUUUGCGGGUUGCUCGGUUUAGUAUGCUCUGCAAAUCUGUUGGCUUUCAAUAAUGAAACUGGUUGUGUGCAA